AUGAGGCCUCACCUCCAAACCGGAGGUCCCGCUGGCGCGCGAGGCGACCAGGGCCGGCAGGGAGGCCGCGGAGGUGGAACGGCGAGGCGGCCCAAGAAGGAGGAUGGCGAGCGGCAAAAUGACCAGGACUACGCCAACAGGAAACGGGGGCAGCCGAAGCAGGAGGCGGAGACGCUUCAGGAACGCCAGGCGCGAUUGGCCCGCGACGUCGGUGUCACGACAUCCUACAACCCCACGACGACCCUCGAGACCCUCGUACCCUUCCUCCCCGAGGUGGCAACCGAAUCCAACGAGCUUGGAAGGCUUGCCACCGCCAUGACGAACAUGCGCGUGCUCGCCGGUGGCCAUGUCGACCCCAACCCCAUUGUGAAUCCGGAAGACAUGUACCGCGAUUACAAGCUCCGGGGUUCCAUGUUCUUCACCGACCUUGCGGCAAAGAAAGCCAUCGAGCAAAAUGUCGAGAGGGCCAACGGCAAGAUCCCCGGCCCGGACGAUGUCAUCAAGGAAACCAUCAUCAACAAGACCAUCCUAGGCGAGUAUGAGCCCGUAAAGUCUGCCGCCAUCAACGACGUCGUCACCAUCACCAAGAACUUCCACCUGAAGGAGGGCACGUACCAAGCGAAGCAGACCAAGGCGUUCGAGGCGAAGCUCGUGUCACUGUUGAACAAGGCCAAUGCCAAGCCCAAAAGGGCGGAAAGGCGAAGCCUCAGGCCAAGGCUGCGUAGAUAA